GGCACGGUACUCCGGACCACCGGAUCGCCCUCUUCGCCGUCGCCACCGGUGGCACAUCGUAAUGAUUGGACGAUUUAAUCAUCCGCUACGCCGGCGAGAAUCAUCAAGGCACGAGCGAACCCGCUGAGAAUCAUCGUCGCGAAAACACAUCGGGCAGGUCGUCGUCGUCUUUAACCCAUCGUCUCGUCGUUUUAUCCCAGUGUCGUUUUAACGUCGUAGACAGUCUUGUGAUCAAUUUCCAGCGCACAGUGAAAUAACUUCGCGCCGUGGAUCAUCAGAAUAUACGAAAGGAUUAAAAUUUCACGAAAAACUUACACCUCAAAGUUCAUGGAAUCACGGAACAGAAAAUUAUGGAAAACGGGGACUGCGAAAAAUUCUGAGAUAGAGAUGAAAGUGUACGAGAGGGAUAACCGACGUUUAUCGUCCAGGUGUUGACUUCGCGUUUGUCGAAAGCGAAGCACAAAAGCUUCGGGUUCGCUCUAACGAGAGCGGACCAUGAUAUAUUAUUUAAUCAGAUGAUGAAUAGCGAACACUGAAGAGAAACGAGAAAUAUACUUUAGUCACGAUGGAGGAUCACGUCGAUCAAGCCGCGAACGCAACCGUAGAAAAUCCAAUCUUCAUCGAUGCACCAAUCAUUUUAACAGCAAUCGUGCUCUGUCUCCUGAUUCUCAUCACUAUCAUAGGGAAUCUAUUCGUAAUAGCAGCUAUCCUAUUAGAAAGAAAUUUGCAAUCUGUAGCAAAUUAUUUAAUCGUGAGUUUGGCUGUCGCGGAUCUUAUGGUCGCCUGCCUUGUUAUGCCUCUCGGAGCUGUUUAUGAGAUAAACUCGGGAUGGUCACUCGGUCCGGAGCUCUGCGACAUGUGGACCAGCAGCGACGUUCUAUGUUGCACAGCCUCGAUAUUGCAUCUGGUGGCUAUCGCGGUCGACAGAUAUUGGGCAGUCACCAAUAUCAAUUAUAUACAGGCGAGGAAUCCGAGAAGAAUCGGGAGCCUGAUCAUCGCUGUGUGGGUGAUAUCCUUAGGAAUCUCAUUAGCGCCUCAGCUCGGAUGGAAGGAUCCUGAUUAUUUGGAUCGCAUAGCCCAAGGGACGUGUCUCGUAUCGCAGGAUACUGCAUAUCAGAUCUUUGCCACUUGUGCGACGUUCUAUCUUCCGCUCCUAGUCAUCUUAUUCCUAUAUUGGAGGAUAUUUCAAGCGGAGAAAAGGAUCAGGAAGAGGCCUGGCACUAUCCUUCAACCACCACGUGAAAGAAGAGGCAUCCUGAGGCUUGUCACGAGAAGGCCGCGCGAGGAGUCGACGGCGUUCACCAUCACGAGAUCCACCCCGGAUCACUCGUCCAUCUCGCCGGAGAAGUCGUCGUCGUACAACGGGGCGAACGUCACCCCGUCGACGACGGUGACGCCGACGGCGGUCUCAACGACGACCACCACGACGACGCUGACGAAUCCGACCAGCACGAGCCAGCAGCAGCAGGUGGUCAAGUGCACGAAGCGCACCCGCGAGACGAUCGAGUCGAAACGGGAGCGUAAGGCGGCGAAAACCCUGGCGAUCAUCACCGGCGCCUUCGUCGCCUGCUGGUUGCCGUUCUUCCUGGUCGCUUUGCUGCAGGCCAUCUGCGAGACCUGUGAACCGCCCAAGCUCGUGGCGAGUGUGUUCCUGUGGCUCGGAUACUUCAACAGCACCCUCAACCCCGUGAUUUACACAGUGUUCUCGCCGGAAUUUCGGCAGGCAUUCAAAAGGAUGCUCUGCGGUGGUACCCGGGGACUUCGCUGACAGUGGAUUUAAUUCCUUUGCCACGUGCGCGCGCGACCCAAUCAGAGGGAUAUGCGUGAAAUUUGUACAUACACGUUCGUUAUAUAUCAGCGUUUCUCUCGGUGUUGUGUGAUAUCUGGAUGCUCAAUCUGAAUAUUAUCACCUGCACUCGGUUACUUGUAUAGCUAGAUUCAAAAAUCAACAAUUAUAUUUUGUUUGAUUUUGUUGGUAUUUCAUUAGGUCAUCUCUCUCUCUUCGAAGAAACUUAACGAGAGAUUGAUAAUUUUUUUAAUAAUAUAUAAUGUUUAUUUUUUUUUCAAAAUUUUAGAAUCAUGUUCGUUUUUGUUCAAUUCUAUCAUAGCAUCUAAUCACGACAGACGAUAUUCCACACAACACUGCUUCUUUUCAGCUAUUCAAGAUAAUCAAGCUGAGCGCCGUUACUUUCAUAGGUACUUUGAACAAAUUAUGGCCCAUUGCCAUAAAUAUUAGUUAAAAUUAACUGAAAUUUUACUCACGGCUAGCAUUAAUUAUAGUUAAUCGACAAUGGUGAAAAGGAUCCUACGUAGAAUAUUUUUGCGAAAACGCUUUCCUGAUGAGCUAUCGGAGGAUCAAACGACAAUGGUGCAACAUUAUUCGCGAUUUUAUUCAAUCACUCGCAAAAAUAUCCAACGUUAGAAUUUAAAUAUUCAAAUUUAUGAAUUUAAUUUGUUAGAAUAGAAAUCAGAGCACAUUUUAACGCAUAAACUGGCCGAUACAUGAAUAGCUUAUGUUAGGGAGAAUUUUUAUCGCUCAAAGAGAAUGUAAGUUUAAGCUAUGAUCAUAGAUUCUUCUAUUAUAAUGUAAAAAUAAAUAAACAAAGGGCUAUAUAUGAGUAUCUAAGUGAUAUAGGUGCUUAAUUCAUAAAUUUUAAAUAUGUUAUUUAAACAAAGAGUAUAAUGAGAGUUUGAUGAGCAUGUGAGUGACUCCGUCAAAAAUUUUGUUUUAGCACCUAUAGCAUUUAGCCACGCAUUCGUAUAAUUUAUGAACAUGUAUAAAUCGAAAAGUGAGUGAGACAAAUCUUAUAUUUUUUCGUCCAGUGAAGAUUCCUUAAAAUACGCUCUGAUAAUGUGGAAAAAUCGCGAGCAAUGCUUGCUCCGAUACGUAAUUGUACAGUAUUGUGUAAACAUGCGAUAGUGUUUAGCGAUUAUACUUCCGAGUAUUAUCAUUAAAAUAGCUAUGUAUAAAAAUUUUCAAUCUUGACUCGUCUCCAAAAUAUAUACAUAAUAAUGACAAAUCUAAGUGUACAUUAACUAAAGAGCGACGAAGCAAAUACAUCACGAGUAACUAUGUGACCACGACGGAUUCUCGCGGAUCUGUUACGAUUGUGUAUAAAUAAAACGUUUAAAUAAGAAAGCGCAACCUCGACGCGCGUGUUAAAAAAAGUACAUCUUACGCUUUUUAACUUGAUUUGAGAUUAACAAUGCUUGGGAAAUUUCUCAAGCGUAAAAGAUUCUCGCCGCCUUAUGAAGGUUUGCUUACGCAACUUUGUUCAUACGGAGUUUUAUAAUAAAGAAUAAAUAAGAUUCCGAUGCAAGUAACAGAAUUGAAUAGAAAGGUUGGAACGUUAUAUGCAAGCAAAUUUAUUUUCACAAACAGUGUUAAUGCGAACGCUUGAUAUAUAGAAUAAAUAAAAGAUGAUUAAUAAAUAUAAUAAAUAUAUAAACAACAGAGACAUGAUGAUGUCGUAAAAUAUCGCGAUCGAAGCUCAUAUCAUGAAUAUUCUACUAGACUCAUACAAAAAAAUGUUUUUACAUAAAUUAUCUGUAUUUAAGGAAAAAAUUAAAUAACACUUGGAAAUGUAAUUUUAGCCUUGCCAUUCAAUUCUGCGUCUUAUAGCGAAUGUACUCCUUUAAAUUUGCGUGAGUAAUAAUAUAACAUCUAUACUAUAUGUAUAGUAUUACUAUGUAAUAUGGUGGAUAUAAUGUUUAAUUUACAGAGCAACGACUGAUUCUGAUCUAUGUCCAUACUAAACGAAUAGGAAUUGACAAAUAUAAUUCUUUUCAUUUAUAAUGUCUAUUUCCAAAAAUGCCGAAUAGUGUGCACGUGUAUUCAUUUAUUUCUACAUCUACUUACGAGCUAUUGGACUCGCUAUUUAGAAAUAAAUAUAGCUCUAGAUUAAUCAUAAUAAUAUGUUAGGCAGAUUGUGAUAAACGGCGACAAUAGCUUUUUCUUCGUCGGAAAUAAUAAGAUUUUGUUUCAUCAAAUUAAUUUUCAAAUAUACACAAAUAAGAUAAUAUGCUUUCUUUCCUACUUUUAGAAAGUUACACAAAAAUAAGAGAUAUUUGCAAAUUUAUUUUUAUUUUACACUUGUGAUAAUUUUAUUUUAAUA